CUCUUUUGCCUUCCUUUCUUUGCCAUUUUCAAACCCUUAUUACUUUUUCCCUUUUUCUUUUCAGAUUUUCCCAAAAAAGGGUCAGAAGAAAAUUUUCCCAUAUAGGAAAUUCCUUUUCUUUUUGGGGCAUACAUCUUUGUGCUGGUGUUACUGGCCUUUUUGCAACUUUCCUUCAUGUGGGUGCCUGUUGAAUCUUGAGAAUAUGUGUUUGUGCGUGUGUAAUCUUCAUUUUUAGUCCAAUCUAACAUCUGGGUAUAUCCUGAAAGUGGGGGGAAAGCUUGAAAACAGUCAGGAAUUUUGAGGUAGGAGGUCAACGUGAGUGAGAAGAAGAUGAAGAUUCAGUGUGAUGUGUGUGAGAGGGCACCAGCCACUGUUAUUUGCUGUGCAGAUGAGGCAGCACUGUGUGCAAAAUGUGAUGUUGAGGUCCAUGCAGCAAACAAGCUUGCAAGCAAGCACCAGAGGCUUCUUCUUCAAUGCCUCUCCAACAAGCUUCCACCUUGUGACAUAUGCCAAGAGAAGGCAGCUUUCAUUUUCUGUGUUGAAGAUAGGGCUCUCUUUUGCCGGGAUUGUGAUGAACCAAUCCAUUCAGCUGGUAACCUUGCUGCCAACCACCAGAGGUUUUUGGCCACUGGAAUCCGGGUGGCUUUAAGCUCAAAAUGUGCCAAGGAGACUGAUAAGAGCUCUUCGGAACCACCACCCAAUCAGAAUUCACAACAGAUUACCAUGAAAAUGCCUCCACAGCAAGCCCCUAACUUUACAUCUUCUUCAUGGGCUGUUGAUGACUUGUUACAGUUUUCGGACUUUGAAUCCUCUGACAAGAAUAAACAACUCGAGUUUGGUGAGCUUGAGUGGUUGACAGAAAUGGGCAUCUUUGGUGAUCAAGUUCCCCAGGAGGCCAUGGCAGCAGCUGAGGUUCCCCAGCUCCCAAUUUCACAACCAAGCUACGGCGCCUCAUACAGAGCCACCAAAUCCAGCAUGCCCUACAAAAGGCCCAGGAUUGAAAUCCUUGACGACGAGGACGAACACUUCACCGUGCCUGAUCUUGGCUGAACUUAAGACUCAAAACUCUACUAUACAGGCGCACGUAAACUAGGACAACGAUAUACUAUAUAUGAUUCGUAUCAUAAUACAUAUGGUAUGUGUGUACUUAUGUACAUAAGUCUUGCAUGUAUCUUAUGAUUUUUGGUCAUGAAUUUUUGGAGCCAUAACCAUCUUGGUUAAGGGUUUUAGUAUUUUCUAGGGUUUUGUGUUGUGUGCCCUCAGUAUGUUCAUUUUAUUUCUUUUGUUUCCAUUGAAUAGCAUUUGUAAUAUUCAAAUUGCCAAACUAUAAUAAUUGAAUGCUGCAUUUCUCUCUGAGUUUAAUA